AAAAGGAACGAAUUGAAGAUGAAUUAAUAAAAUCCAAAGAAGAAACACGACAGUUUAAGAAACAAAUAGUAACAUUAAAGAGAGAUGUUGAAGAACUUGGAAAUGAACGGGAUAAACUUUUAAGCAUUAGAGAAGAGAGAGAUGAAAAUGAGAUAAGAUAUAAAGAACUUGAAUAUAAAUAUCAAGAAUUGGAGAGACAGAGAGACAUAUCGAACAAUGAACUUUCGAAUAUUAAAUUAAAAUAUUCUAAUAAAGAGAGUCAGAUUAAUGAGACCAAAGAUAGCAUAUCGAGCAUGGAAAAACGCUUAGAAGAACAAGCAUUUGGUAUAGAAAAACUUAUGAAAGAAUUGGCAGCAGAAAAAGAGACAUCGAAACAAAAAGAAGCAGACCUUAUUUCAAAUUACGAAUAUAAGUUAAUAGAGAAAGAAACAGAAAUUGAGGAGCUUCGAGAAGAUUUGGAGAUG